AUGUCAAAAGGGAAAGUCGCCGAAACGAGGCGCUCCAAAAUGAACAACAAAAGGAAAAACUACAAUCCGAAUAGUAAGGCCGAUGGGGAAGACCCUCGGCACGAUAGGCCCCUAAUCGAGGGCCAUCCACCCAUCGCUUACGGGAGUAAUAAAAUGAGGAGAGGUCUAUACGGCUUGCCCGAAAGGACCAUCAACAUGGGGGGCUUAUACAGCGGAGAGAGCUCUAGUCUUAAUCACAUAACGGACGAGACAUACACUCCAAACUACACCGUCUACUCAAGUCAGGCAAAUGUGAAAUCACACCCCAAUCGAAAUAUCCCCAUGAAAAAUAACUCCCUUAACAAAUGGCCAAAUGAAAAAGGAACUAGUGAUUUUUCUCCUCAUAAAGUGCAUACUAACAAUGGAAAACAAAAGGACAUUUAUAGAAGUAAGAGUUUUAUGCAUAUGAAUCCGCCAAACUUAAAUUUGUACAACCAUUCCAACAGUUGGAAGGAAGUGAGGGGGAGGGGCGUUGGUCAAAAUGUGAAGAAAGGAAAAAUGAAAAGUGGAGAGCAGGUCGCUCCAGUAAAGGGCCCGAUUAGCGGUCCGAUUGGCGACCCGAUCGGAAACCCGAAUGAAGCCCCUAGUGUAAACAACACCAGCAGUAAUGCCGCACCGAUGACGGGGACGAUCCAUGGCAACAACCUCAGUUACCAAGGAAUAAAAAGCCUGCAACACUCCAAAAGUGCUAACCUUGAAAAGGUAUCGACACAAAUGUAUAGGAAUAAACAUUACCCGAACAUGACUAUGUCUAACUUGAGUGAAAAAGCUAAUAAGGAGGAAGUGAAUAACGCAAAGGUUAAUGAGAAAAAAAAAAUUUUUGAGGUAGGAAAAAAUCGAAUUCCUUUUCAGAACAAGUGGUUUGAUAGCGGAAACAUGAAUGGUAAAGGUGUAGCUGUGGAAGUGGACACUGAUAUGGUGGGAGAUUCCCCAGAGCAGAGGGGCACCAACCUUAGCGGUACCACAAUGAGUAGUACCAAUCCUACCGAUAAUAACGUUAAUGGUGCCAACGCGGGAAGUACUUUCACCCAGGAGAGUACAGACAUUUUAGAAAUGCUUUCGAAGUAUCUAAAUUCGGUAGGCAACCAAGGAGCGGGUGACCUCACCGCAAUAUACAAGGCGCUGACCCAAAAUAGAAGCAAGGAAUCCUUGAUGAGCUUGUUAGAUAAUAUAAAACUUUUGGAGGAGGCGUCCAAAGGGAUUACGCCACCGAGUGGGGUAAUCACUGGUGGAAAUUUGGUUGGAGGAUCAUACGAAAAUGUACAGAGCAGGUCGAUGGAUGAAUGUAAGAACAAAGUGAAAAAUGUAAGUACCUCUUUUAAUGACCCUUCAAGUAUGUUAACGAGUUCCGUGAGGGAUGAAAUAAGUGCCAGUCGGGAAGGGGGACCAUCAGGCUUGAGCAAUUCUAGAGUUGUUCACAAGAUGGGCGCUACUAGCAAAGUUAUCCACCCACGUUAUGAUAGCAUCAGAGGUCAAAAAAGGGAUACAACUGAUGUUCACGCCAAUGAGCCGUUGCGGAUAGAUCUGCAGAAGGAUAUUGCCCCUGGGCAGGAGUACAGUUAUAAUAUGGGGGAUAAUAUUUCCCCGGAUUUCCAUGCAAUUAGGGAAAAGAGGAUACAUGCAGGAGGGCAAACAGAAGGGGGAAAGGCAAUAGUCGUAACAGAUGUCGAUAGCCCAUCUCAUUGCGUGGCUAUCUUCAGGGAAGUUGAGAAAGACCACAGCAUAGUGGAGAAGUGGAAAGAUGCUGUGGCCAAAUGCAGUGAUGAGAAGACACAGAACAAUUUCGAAAAAAUAGAAGAGGGCAUAAAGAGUAAAAUAAAAAUGAGGGAAAUUUUUAAAGCAAGCCUAUUCUGUAGUGAGAACAGACACAUGUACAAAAACGCACUGUAUAAAAAUUACCAAGAAAUUUGGCUACACAGUGGAAGAUUUCUUCAUUUGGAAAAUAUUUUCCAGUUUGUAAAAACCAAGGAGAAGAAAAAGGAAGCAAAUAUAAUCGAAUGUGUGAUGAGUGGUACAAUCCCCUUUAGCAGUUUUUUACAGUUUUUUAACAAUUUUUACGAAAUUACAGAAAAUUAUCAAUACAAAAUAUGCUUCUUCCUUAUUUACAAAAUAAUCAUUAUGCAUGAAGAUGAUGAGGAAUAUGGACGGUACUAUAAUUUGAUCAUCAAGAUUCUUAAUGGGAACACAUUGAUUUUUUUUCUUCUCGUGCUGAUUAAUAUGCUGAGAAAUUAUUCCUUCAAGAUGGUUUAUUUUGUGAAUUUUAUCGAGAGGUUACUUCCAUUGGUAACGAAGGGACCUCGUUUAUCUGCAGGAGGAAGCGGCAGCACAGCAUCUUCUCGAAGCAGUAAAAAGCAGAAUGGUACAGACAAACGGAUUUUUUUCAACAUUCUUUUUUUAAAAUUAUUCAGGUUAAUAUUUUAUCGAAUAGAAUUAUAUACCACACAGAAGAAGCAUUUGCUAAUGCUUUUUUUAAGAUACAUAAAAAACUUCCUUCUGAAUAUUUGCUCCUCUAUUUUGAUCACACAGUACCUUUUUAUAAAAUGUGUAGAUCUCAUGAACAAGUACAACAAUCAGCAGUACAUUUUGAUUAAAACGACUUCCAUGGAAAUAUUUUUACAAUUAUGGAACAACGAUUUUCUAAAGCUGUGCAUUUUGAAAAUUGGAAGCCCCCUUCUUCGAUUUCUCAUUUUUAUGAGCAAUGUAGAAUAUGUGAAUAAAAAUAUUUUUCCUUUAAUUUUGAAUCCUAUUGACAAUGCUAAUCAGAUGGAAAUCAGGGAUGCCAUUGAGGGGAUGCUACGAAGGAAUAAAUAUUACACACAGGGGAGGAAGAGGUGGAAGCAUUAUUGUAAGAAAUUCGAAAGGGCAAAUAAGUGUUCUCUUUUGGUUAGGAGUUAUGGCGUUGAUGAAGUUCAAGAAGUUAUUCUGUUACCUAGCGAGGAGGAUGAACAUAAUACCUCCAUAAUUGAAGUUCCAUCUGGGGGAGCCAUUCGCACUGAUCAAUGUGGAAACGUGCGGACGGAUCUCCGACAGGAUACUCUUCUGGAGCACAUCCUGCAAAUACGCCAAAGUUACAACUACUACAAAAUAUUGCUUUCCCCUGAUGAGAAAAGGUGCCUCAAUUUCCUUCUUCAGCUGAAUAGCCCAAACAGUAGCUUCCACUUUGAACUCUUCUACAAUUUAUUUGUCGAGGCCAAUUUGGCAAAUUUCAUUCACGAGAAUAAGGUGAUAUAUUAUGUGGAGUAUAUAAUGAGGGGGGAGACCAAAGUCAAGGGGGAUGAACAGGAGGAGGACGUCCUGAAAGGAAAUAUGAGCGUAUGCGGAUUGGACGGUUUAGCAUACGCAGGGGAGGAAGAGAACUUUCCCAUCGAAAGUAGAAGUUAUUCUCAUGUAGAGGAUGUUUGCCACUCUGCUUUCCACCCCAAUCAGCAGAGUGACUGCAUUAAGGAGGAGGAAGAGGACCAACCUGGCCGCCUGAAGGAACAACUUCUAUUCGACCUGCACGGGAUAAUACAACGAAGGAACUGCGUGAUGUCCAAAAUAUACGGGACACACAUCAGGCUGAGUUUUUUUUUCGGAAUUUUCUUCUACAGAAGUUACGACAUUUAUAGGAUUUUGUCUAGCUCGCUCGGAGCAUAUGCCAAGAAAUUUAAAAAUUUUAAAAAGGAGAAUCAGAAGGGGAUUAAAUUUAUGAACAUUAAUAACAUUACACACAUUUUGACGGUCACGUUUUUGCUGAAAUUUUUGGCUCACUUGGGGGGAGGUGCACUCCAUUUUUCUUCUACAGAUGGGAGGAUCCCGCCUGGUUUGACACCGGAGGAGGAAGAUUUCUUCGCGUGUUACCGCCUUUUGGAACACGCCCAUGGCAAGGACAUGAGCACUGCCAAUACAUUCCUCAACUACCUGAACAACGUCAUUCUUUAUCUGCACGAAAGGAAAAGAGAGAGCAUGGUGCUGAGCGUGAUUUUGACAUUUACCAUUUAUAAUUUCUUAACUCUGAUUGGGAAGAAUCAGAAUCGAAUUGAACAUUUGGAGAAACUCACUUUAAGUGAAAUUUGCAACGAAAUACAUAACCAUUGCCUCAUAGGGUUGCUACUGAGAGAAAAUAAUUUUUUCAUUGACAGUGAGACCAAGUUCACGGAGGUGGAGGACAUUUACUCCUUCGAACUGAAGAACCACAUGAAGUUCAUCCCAAAAGACAUUAACAGGGAAAUUUUCCAACUGGUCCAUUUUAAAAAAUAUGUUUUUCAGAGGGGGGCAUACACAAAAAUUGAUAUUAUAAAAAUAGGCAGGAGGAACCUCGUCAACAAUUUGUACACCUCGGAGAUCCUCAACUACAUUUAUUACAACACGCUUUAUGUGCUCAUCCAUUUUGUUAUGAAUAUACGUUUUUAUGAGACCAUCUUUAGGAGGACCUACAAGGUGAGUGGUGUUGUUAGUGACAGUACUGCUGAUGUUGGUUUCUGUGGUGGUGACGGUGAGGGGAUGUGCAGCUUUGUGCGUAUUGGGGGAUCGUUCAAGGAGGGGUGGAAAACAGAACCAAACGGGAAGUACUCCCUAACCAUUAUUCUGAAAAAGCAGAAUGGGGAUACCUACUGGAGGAAAAAAAGAUACAUUGUAAAAUUUUACGAAAAGGCCAAAAAAAAAAUCGUCAAAAAAUUGAAGACUUGCCUUGUUUCCAGCAAUGUAAAUAAGUUUAUGCGCAGCUUGGGGGAGGACAAGUUUUUCUUGAACCUUUUUUUGCAGUUUGAUAAUUCUCCCCUGUUUUUUCAUUCGAUUCAUGUGGAGGGGAGUCAACAUACUGAUGCGGAGGAAAAGCCACAGGAAAAUUUUAAUUCAAAAGAAGUUUCACAGGCAAUUUCGAAUGACAAUGUGAAUAUUGAUAUGAAUAAGAGUGUCCGUGUCACGGCGAUGGGAAUGUCGGAUCCUCUUCUUUGUCGCCACGCUAGCAUGCUCAAAUGGGUAGACAAUAUAUAUCACCUGGUUGACGAUAUUAACAAGAUGAUUAGUUUUGUUACCCAUCGAGGUAAGGGCAGGUGCAACAUCGUCAAAUGCACCUUUGCCAAUUGUCCUCUUGAGCCCCGUGAAGACACAUUCAGCAUUCAGUUUCGCUUCUACACCAUUGUUUGGAGCGAUUGGUUAGUGCGUCACAAAGGGAAAAACUCCCCAGGUGAAAUGCCCACGGGUGAAUGGUGCGCCUCCUUUUCCUCAGAGGAAGAAAAGGAGUGUGGCUUUCAUUUCAAUGAAUUAGUAGAUCGUGUGGUAAGUGCAAUUGUGGAUGCUAAUUACACGAAGGAGAAGAUCGUGUGGUGGUCUGAAUUUUUUUACACCCUGGGGAAUUUUGGCGUGGUGAAUUUUCAUCUUCUUUUUUAUUUGUGCUCUCUAGUGAGGGGAUUGGGCGGGGGGGAUGGAGAAGCGGUGGAUCACUUACCCCCCCACUUGUUGCGUCCCCUGCGGAGGAAGAUCCAAAUAUGCGAACAGAUAUACGUACUGUACCUAUUCAAAAUAGGCCUACUCCUGAACGUGAGUAUUUACGAAGCUUUCGACUUGGUAACGUCCAUAAUCACUUCCCUUUUUAAUUUUGAAUUUUUCCAAUUUUACAUGAAGAAGAAGAAAUACCAUGUAGAGGAAGGUAUUCGGGGAGAAGUCCAAUCAUUUGUCAACAGUGUAAAAGAAGAAGCGAAGAAUAUUCUGACCAAUUACGAUGUUAAUGUUUUUAUAGAGAGCAUUAUCCAUAUGAGCGAUUGUAUUUUUUUUAUAAAAAGCGUAAAGAUUUUGAUUCUUAAGAGCUACUGUUUUGUUAAUGUUCUGUUGCAUGUGUUGUCCUUGAAGAAAGUGAUCAUUGACAUGAGCAACGUGGAAUGUGUUGACCUUCUGGAGGGGGAUACGGACAACAGAGAGGAGAUACACCAAGCGGACAGGGAUAUCAUGGAAUGGCCGCAAUUGAGAAAAUCGAAGGGUAAGGAAGUAGAACUGUUGUCUUCAUUUAGAAGUGCACCCAACGAUGAGGAACCGGAGGACUCACUUCCCAAUUGGAGGAAAUACGACUCGGCGGAAGAGUCGGAGAAGUUCAGCUCGUCGGACAGUAGUGAUGGUCAUAAGGUGGAGGAUCAUUUGGACGGUUAUGGAAGCUUCUGCAAGGAGAAGAAUGUGGAAAAGGCUACCGAAGAGGCGCUUAACAACCGAAUAAAAAACUCCAAAGGGGGUCAAGGGAACCACGAAACAGGAAAAAAGGGGGGUGAAAAAAUAUGGAUUUUACAGAUCUUCAAAUAUUUUGAUUGCCACUCAUUUCUCUGCUUUCGGAAGAGCAAAACGGAAGAGGAGCAUUUUUACGAAAAAAAAAAAAAUUUCAGAAAUUUCUUUUUCCCCCAAAAUUUAAAAAAAUGGAAAAAAAAAACAAAAAAAAAAAAAGAUCAAGAUUUGUGCAAAUUAGUUUAUACAUUAAAGAAGAGAUUAAUCCAGAACGGAAAUUUUUUAAGCAUGUAUAAGCAAGCCUUCUACAUAAAAUGGACUUGUCUUGGUAUUUUUAUUUUGCAAAAGUAUCGGUUAAAAAUGUUUAACAGCCUUGAGGUCUUUCAGUACAUAUACGAAAGAAUGAACUCCGUAAGGCGCACAGAAAAUUUCGUUUUUAAAAUUCCAGCAGACCUGAAUUGGGGCGCUUCCUUCGAAGGCAACGCAGACAUUAGGAACCCCUUCCUCAUCUCUCUUUGCCAUAUCAGCCGCCAGUUGGGGGCGUUGUUGCGGCGCCAUCGUAAGGUGAACGAUCAGCGCCUUGAGACAGAGCAACGUUCCAUUCGUGACUACCCAGAAGAACUGUUCAACGAAGAAGCGAAACGACAACAUGAAGGAGAAGCACUAUUUAACGAGGUGAACAUUUAUUUGAAUUAUUUUAUUUUGUCCUUUUAUCCAUAUCUUAUCAAGUCCCGUUUUUCGUAUGACAUAUUUUUGAGGCUUUUCAGAAUUUACCUGAACAUGUAUUUGAUAACGAAGGGGAGAAACGCGCUCACUGUGCGCUCUCCCAUUUAUCUCCUUCUGAUUAUUUUUGUCCACCACACACAUGUGUGCAAAUACGUGAUGUUUUCCUACUUGAUGAGGAUUGAACAGUAUUUGCGUUCUCCUCAACAAUCGGAGGAGAAUUUGCGCGAAGACUCCCUACCACGUGAGGCGUUGCAGGUUCACUUCAGAGAAAGUGUGGAAUUCUUUCUUCACAACUGCACGGAGGAAGAUCUCCAAUUUGACGACGUAAAAAUCACCUGCGACGGAAACGCAGUUUCGCUGUUUUAUCAUAUGUUAGUUGGGAACUUUUCGUAG